AUGCAAGUUCGCCUGCAUGCUCGUAAUAUUUUCGCCUUCUUGGUUGGAGCUGCAUUUAUCUAUAUCGCUUAUGUGAUAUUCUUCAAAGCUGGCGACGGCUUUCCAGAAAUAGACGUUGAUCUAAACGAUGUCGUCAGUUAUGCUGUUUUGGCAGUGGAAAUGGGUGGAUUUGCGGUGCGCAAAAUUCAUGAGGAAAACGUAUUGAAUACCGCACAAAAAGGCCUGACUGAUGAAGGAAAGGCCGAGCUGCUAACCAGAGCGGAUCUGAUAUCCAACUUUUUGAUUCUCGACGUUCUACAGCGAUUUCCCCGCCUCAAGAUUGUAACCGAAGAAAAAGACAGCUCUAUUUCGGAAUCGGAUGCAGCACGUUAUCGAGCAGAUUCCUAUUCAAUGUGGUUAUCCAUUCGUGAUGUACUUACUCAAAUUCCCUCUCGUCGUCUUAUACUUUCUGACGUUCUGGUUUAUGUUGAUCCUCUAGACGCCACACAAGAAUACACUGAGGGUUUGACGGAGUUUGUCACUGUAAUGGCAUGUGUGGUGAAGAAAGAUGAACCAAUUUUUGGUGUUAUUCAUCGGCCGUUCGCAAAUGAUACGGUUGUUGGAGUCACGGGAUGGGGUGUGAUGACGUCAUCUUUAGAAAAAGUGACGCCAGUGGACCUCAAAGACACAGUGAAGAAGAUAGUAGUCUCAAGAUCUCACGCAGGUGCUGUUGAGAAGUUAGCACAAAAGUCGUUCGGUGAUGAGUACACAGUGGAACCAGCUGGAGGAAGUGGUUACAAAACACUGCGAUUGGUGAAUGGCACUGCAGAGCUUUAUAUUCACCAAACUGCAAUCAAGAAGUGGGAUACUUGUGCGGGAGAUGCAAUACUUCGUGCCCUUGGAGGAGCAAUGGUCGAUUUGGAAGGAACCCCACUACGGUAUGGAUCGGAUACACCUGUCCUAAAUAAGAAAGGACUUCUAGCAGCGGUUCGAACUCCUUUCACGUAUUCUAAAAAAGUAAUACCGAAUAUCGGGUUGUAG